GAAAUAAAUAACAACUAACGCAUAAAAGAACUAUCCGCCACCUACCUACUCUUCCUUCUGCUUGACCCAUAAAAUUUUAUAGAAAUUAAUAAGCACCAUAUCCAUGGCCAUGAUCAUGAGUGAAGUGAAUCACCAAAGAAUCAAAACCAACGGGAUAUGGUUGCACAUAGCAGAGCAAGGAACAGGACCACUGGUUCUGCUGCUUCAUGGCUUUCCAGAGAUGUGGUAUUCAUGGCGCCACCAGCUCAAAUACUUGGCCAACCAUGGUUAUCAUGCAGUAGCACCUGAUCUAAGAGGAUAUGGUGAUUCAGAUUCUCCUAUCAGCCCCAGUUCCUACACUUUUAUGCACGUAGUUGGUGACCUUUUAGGCCUCAUUGACCACUUUGGGGAACACCAGGCAUUUGUUGUUGGAGAUGAUUGGGGAGCAAACAUUGGUUGGCACAUGAGUCUCUUUAGGCCUGAUAGAAUUAAGGGAUUUGUUGCUAUAGGCGUUCCUUACUUCCCAAGGAUUCCAACUAUUAAAACCGUUGAAGCUAUCAGAAUGGCAUAUGGUGAUAAUACUCAUAUCUCCCAGUUCCAGGAACCGGGUCGAGCAGAGAGAGCCUUCGCAAGAUAUGAUUGUUUGACAGUGAUGAAGAAGUUCAUGUUAGCCACUUGGACCGAAUUUCUAGCAGCUCCUCCUGGCAUGGAGAUUAUUGAUUUCUUGCCAACACCUUCCGCUUUGCCAUCUUGGAUAACUGAAGAGGAACUCAUGGUCUUUGCUGACAAAUUUCAAGAGUCUGGUUUUACUGGUGCAUUCAACUAUUACCGUGCAAUGGACCUAAACUGGGAGCUUCUUGCACCAUGGGAGGGAUCAAAGAUUACAGUUCCAACAAAGUUCAUUGCUGGAGAGAGAGACUUUGGUUUCAAAAGUAGUGGGGGUACAAAGGAUUAUGUGGAAGGAGACUUGUUUAAGAGUCUCGUUCCAAAUCUGGAAGUAGUUAUAAUGGAUGGCCACCAUUUUAUACAUCAGGAGAAAGCUCAACAAGUUUCUGAUGAAAUCCUUUCAUUCAUCCGCAAAUUAUCUUCGGAUUAAGAACACACUAAACCUUCACUUUGUGAUUAUACAACUCCAGUGCCAUCAGUAAUUUUGUACAUUUUAGCUGUUAGGCAUGAUUUAGGUGCACAACCAGAAUAUUUAAAGUUUUUCCAUAUUCAAAACAAGAAUAAAACCCUUGACAUUGGUUAAAGAACAAUAAAUUGCUUCUACUGAACCAUGUUCCCUAGAUUUGGGCACACAACCAUAUGAUAAAGGACAAUACUUUUUAUUGUAUUUUCCAAAGGAUCCAAAUAAAGGUAUAGUACAUUGGUUUUGCUUCA